AUGCCACCUCAAUCUCACCCCACCCUUCAAAAAGGUAUGCGAAAAGGAACACAUAGUUGUUUCGAAUGUCGUAAACGAAAAGUUCGAUGUAAUUUCACGAAAGAAUCUAUCAUAUGUGGAAAUUGUGAAUUGAAGGGUCGAAGAUGUACGGAGCAAAGAAGAGAAUUGAUUCAAGCGGGAAACGUUGAUACGCGAGAGAGUCUUAGAGAGAAGAUUAAGAGACUUGAAGCGGUUAUUGAAGAAUAUGGUAGGAAGAGUGGUAGUACUGCUCCUGAUCAGGUGAAUAGGAAUUUUAAUAUUGACUUGGGAGAUGUACGGGAGAAUAAGCUCAGUCCGGAAUCCCCUUCGUCAGAGUUGGGGGCGAAACGAACGCCAGUGUCUACUCCAUCAUCACUUGAGACUUCAGCUUCAGUCGAUAAAACUUCCUCUCAGGAUAUCGAUCCCAUCAUUACACUUUUCGAUAACGCUAUUUGGAGAAGCCAUGGCUCUGAUUUGAUUCCUGAACGCAUUUCUAAGCUUGACAAAGCUGGAAAUCCAGCAACUGCAAAGAAACAUAUUCGUACUCGUGAAUCACUACUUUCUGGUCUUAUCUCCCCAGCACUCCGUGAAAUAGUAGUCAACGCAACAUGUUCCUGGUGGUAUACAUGGCGACCACUUGGUUCUUCACUCCUAUCAUCAACCGGCAACGCAAAUUCAACACUUCCCGAUUUUAUUCUCCGGGCCCUUGAAUCACCUGAUCCGUCAAUUAUCGUGAAUCUAGGACUAAACAGAAAAUGCUGGAUUCUGACCCACCAAGCAAUAUCCUAUAGCCAACUUCUUAAUCUCCACCGUCCAAAUCUUUCCACCGACAAGAAUACCCUCGAAAGAAAUCAAAGAAUACAAUCUUGGCUCUCAUUGUGCGCAGGAGAUGUAUAUCUCUCACUUCUUCUCGGUCUUCCUUAUGCUGCAGAUGGUCGUACCAUUCCUACCACCCACAAUCAAAAUAACCCCACCGCACAAUUCCACCACAAUCUCAUAAUCCUUUCCUCCAAAGUAAUCGAUCGAAACCAACGCGGUCUACAGCUCUCCAUCCCCCACACCCAAAAAAUCCAAACCCUCCUCCUCACCAUAACCCAAACCCUUCCCCCCUCAUUCUGGGACCCCCAGACCUCCCUCUCCAAAAACAAAAUCUCUCGUCCAGAAUACCUCGAACAAAUCACCGCCCAAUGUUGGUACUACCACCUCCUAGUCCUCCUCCACAUGCCCCUCAUGCUUCAAUCCAUCCUCGAUCCCACCGUCGAAACCCAUCGCACACAAUGUCUCACCGCCGCACGAAACCUCCUACGAAUUUGGCACAUCAUGCGCUCUGAUAUGCACAGCGCAUUUGAAAUGGUAAAAUUAAUCGACUACCAAGCAUUCGUCUGUUCGACCCUCUUAAUCCUCAGCAUGCUCGGCUACGGAAGUUGCGAGAAUGGAGGAAGAGAUGAACAUAAUGAUAGAGAGUUAAUCGCGCGCACGAUCGCAACGCUCACGCAAGCGGGAAAUUCACUCGGGAACUUAGUCGCGAAACAAGCGGUGCAGGGAUUAGAAAGUUUGAUGCAGAUGGGGAGGGAAAAUUGCCCGAGGAAACAGGAGGGAGGGAGAGGUGAUGGUGAGAUAUUCUCAGCGGGGAAUCCGUAUGCGAAAAUCGUGGUGCCGUAUGUAGGUGUGAUUACGAUUUCGCCGGGGGAGUAUUAUAAUUCUGUUGAAGCUACGGUUGAUGCUGUUGCGAAAAUGCAAACGCAGAGUCAGAGUGGCCCAUUUGCAUUUUCGCUAGAGACUAAUCCCAAUCCCAAUCCCAAUCCCAAUCCCAAUCCAAAUCAUGAGGACUUGCGAAACGGAGAUGAAUCAAAUCAUCACAAUACAAACACGCGAUAUGAAGAUACCGGUACGCUUGGAGAAGCGAGAGAAGUACCGGUAGAUAUACAGGGACAGAGACAAAUACAGAUGGAAUGGACAUCGAUUGAUUUUGAUUGGGCGAGUAAUCUUACGGCGGGAUUUGAAGAUGAUUGGGCGUGGUUGAAUGGGUUGGGGGGUUGA